CUUGUAUUCUUGGUGCCAGCAUUGUCCUUUCUAUAUUUGUUGUCUAGAUUGUUCUGCGAACAGGUGCCGGUCGUCUUUCUUUACCACCACCACAUCCUACUUUAUAUCCCCUCUUUUCGCCGGUUAAUUCUAUUAUUCGCCUUCAACGACCAUAUACAGGCGUUGCUGUCUAGAUGCUCCAUCUCCAUGCGUUACCUACUCUGUACCUCCUCGUCCUUGUCGUCUCCCAUGACGUCUCAGCAAGUCUCGUCUCUCGUGUCCAUGAUGUUGCACUCCGACACACCAAGAACAUAGCACGCGACCUUCGCCUGGCUUUUGGCUCGGUCCUUGUCUCUCAGCAGUCCCAGGUCGACCCGCAGACGCGUUUCACUUAUUGCAAAGCUGGAACAUCAAGCAAUAACAACACUGGUAGUAGCGAUGAUGGCGGAAACAGUAGCGGCAAUAGUGGCCACUCCGGCAGCACGAGGACUGCAUCCACGUCGAGUGCUUCUGCUACUGCGUCAUCUUUUUCGUCGCCGUAUAAUUUGGUAGAGUCUCAUGCCGGCACAGACUUUUUUAAUGGUUGGACCUUCUGGACAACUUCAGAUCCAACUAAUGGCAUUGUAGAUUAUGUUGACGAGAGUACGGGUAGAGCGAAUGGGUUAGUAGACGUGAACUCGGAUGGCAACGCUAUUAUGCGUGUCGAGACCACAGGAACCGUCUCGGGGAAUCGUCAGAGUAUUCGGAUCACUACAGAGAGUACAUACGAUGGUGUACUGGCGAUCAUGGAUUCUGUGCACAUGCCAACGGGCUGUGGGACGUGGCCUGCAUGGUGGUCGAAUGGUAAAAGUGACGCCACUUAUUCUGUCUGUUUUCCUCUGAAACCUUUUAUAGGACCUAAUUGGCCCAUUGGUGGGGAGAUAGACAUCGUGGAGGGCGUAAAUGACUACACGAACAACCAGGCAACGGUUCAUACUGAUGUUGGAUGUUCCUUGACAUCUUCGAAUGCGAAUGUGCUUAAUAUCACAGGCACUGUAGUUGGCGGGACCAACUGUGCAGCAUACGAGACGAGCAACCAGGGCUGUGGGGUACGCUCUGUCUCUGACGUUUCGUUUGGUGCCGCUUUCAAUGACAACGGUGGCGGGGUAUAUGCCAUGAAAUGGGACGAUGAGGGCAUUAAGGUCUACUUCUGGCCCCAGAACUCAGUUCCGUCUGAUGUUGAUGCUGGGACGCCCGUUCCCGACACAUGGGGGACGCCGAUGGCGAAUUGGCCUUCAUCGGCAUGCAAUUCUACCAAAUAUUUCUAUCAACAUUCGUUUAUUUUUGACACGACUCUUUGCGGUGACUGGGCUGGUGAAGUGUGGAAUAGCUCGGGGAUACCAGGGCAAGAACAGAGCUGCGCUGCUCGUACAGGAUACUCGAGCUGCGAGGACUUUGUCAGGGCAAAAGGAGCAUCGUUUGAUGAAGCUUACUGGGAAAUUAACAGC